AUGAAUCUGGAUCGUGAAGCCUGUGGCACUGUUGAGAAGUAUGAAGCGGCAGAGAGGAUAUAUGCCCUGCUUUCCGAGUGUGAGCCUGACAUCCACUACAAAGAGAUCUUUUUCCAACUGAGAUGGAGGGAUGCUGGCAUGCUGUGUUCCCACAGUAUCGCCAUUUCCUACAGCCUCGGCCUCCCCAGUGCUGAGAGUACAGGCAGACACGGCAGGCUAAAGCUCAAGCCUUCUGUGCACAACCUGAGCAAGACGAAGCAGACCAAGCUCACCGUGGGCAGCCUGGGCCUGGGCCUGAUCAUCAUGCAGCAUGGCCCCUACCUGCAGAUCACCCACCUCAUCGAGAAGGGGGCUGCAGCGAGAGACGGCAAACUGCAGCCAGGUGAUGUUCUGAUUAGUGUUGGUUAUGCCAAUGUGCUGGGUUAUACGCUUCGGGAAUUUCUAAAGCUUCUGCAACACAUCACCAUAGGAACAGUGCUACAAAUUAAGGUUUACCGGGAUUUUAUUGACAUUCCCCAAGAGUGGCAAGAGAUCUGUGAUUUAAUUCCUGAGAGAAAGCUCCCCGUAACAUUUAGCACACCGAAGAACACUGAGGCAGAAGAGGAUUCUGUUAGCAGCAGUGAGGACAAUGAAGAUGGGGUUCUAGCUAACAGUCUUAGAUAUAGGAAGCCACCUUCAGCUGGACCCCAGCCUGCAAGGGUACCAGCGUCCAUCUCCAGAGACCAACACAAACAUAAAAAUAGGAACCACACUGCUCGUGCUGGGCAAGAAAUGAAUGGUGAUGCGAGGACUCACAGGCUGCAGGAGGUGAUACAGGGGGAGCCAGAUGACGGCCCCUCUUCCUCGGCCUCCUCUGCGUCAGAUGCACUUUGGCUGGAGGACGGCGCCAAAGCUGAGAAGGGUGAAGGUCAGCCAGGACAAGUGGGCCCAGCAGCGCGCUGCCCAUCUGUGGUAGCAUGGCGCCUGUCUUGAGGACACCCAGGUUGCUCCUCACCAGCGCAGCCUUGUGGGCUCCUGAGAGUAAGGGCGCCCUGAGAAGCGCGGAGGCCACAAGUGUGAGGUGCAGGACUUGCAGGGCCCGCAGGUCUCACAGAAGCAGCAAUAAAAGAGCACUGCUGUUCAGAGCUUUUCUCAUCUUUUAGAAAAUGCAGUACAGGACCCAGUACCUGAAUGUUUGAACACAGAACUUCAGUUUGAGGGAAACACCAGUUUUACCUGGAUAUUUGGUCUUUUUUGGUGAAACUUCCAUGUCCUACUUAAGACAAAAUGGCAGCUGGGCCGUAGCAUAUCUGUGG